AGUCAAAUAAAAUUCAAAUUUUCCCGGCUGAUCUAAAUUUUAGAACUUACCACUCCACCGAUCUUUGCGCUUUGCAACACUGGCGGAACAGCUGCUCUUGUUUUGGUUUUUCGCGCCGUGUGCUGUGUUACGUACUCUCCACCCGGAUUGGCGAUCUUCUCGGGAGCGAUGAGUGGACUGCUUCCAAAGUUGUGGCGUCAAUGCGACGCAGUGUUCCUGCACCGGAUCAACCAGGCACUGGUCAGCGCCGGCUGCAGGCAAAGCCUCUGGAAGGGGGCGCGUCUGUUGGCCACCAGUGCGGAUAAAAAUCCGGCCACCGGUUUGCGCGAGUUGCCGCACUGCAAUGUGGGCACCAUUGGGCACGUGGACCAUGGCAAAACCACCCUGACCGCCGCCAUCACCAGGAUCCAGUCGCAGAAGGGCCUGGCGGAGUAUCUUUCCUACGACCAGAUCGAUCGGGCGCCCGAGGAAAAGGCGCGCGGCAUAACCAUAAAUGCCUGCCACAUUGGCUAUGCCACCACGGAGCGCACCUACGCCCACACGGACUGCCCGGGUCAUGCGGACUACAUAAAGAACAUGAUCUCGGGUGCCUCCCAAAUGGAUGGCGCCAUCCUGGUGGUGGCCGCCACCGAUGGCCAGAUGCCGCAGACGCGCGAGCACCUGCUGCUGGCCAAACAGGUGGGCAUCCAGCGCAUUAUAGUCUUCAUAAACAAGGCCGAUUUGGUGGACCAAGAGGUGCUGGAACUGGUUGAAAUCGAGAUGCGAGAGAUGUUGAGCGACUUCGGUUUCGAUGGAGUCAAUAGCCCCGUCAUUUGUGGAUCUGCCCUGCUGGCUCUGCGUGAGGACAAGUCAGAGUUCGGUGUUCCGUCCAUUGAGAAGCUAUUGGAGCACUGCGAUUCGUAUAUACCAACGCCACAGCGCGAUGUCGCAGCCCCGUUUAUCCUGCCCAUUGACAAUGCCUUUACGGUGCCCGGCAGAGGCACUGUGGUCGUGGGCACCAUCAAAAGAGGUACCAUUCCCCGGAACGCCGAUGCCGAUCUGCUGGGCUUCAAUCAGAACCUAAAGACGAGCGUCAGCGACAUUCAGAUCUUCCGGAAGAGCGUGCCGCAGGCGCAGGCAGGCGAGAAUGUGGGCGCCCUGCUGCGAGGCAUCAAGAUAUCCGCCGUGGAGCGGGGAAUGCUGCUGUGUGCGACGGGAUCCGAGGAUAUUUCCAAUCACUUUGAGGGCUCCAUGUACCUGCUAUCGCGUGCCGAAGGCGGUCGCGUCAAGCCCAUGCUCUCCAAGUAUAUUCAGCAGCUCUUCAGCCAGACGUGGAAUGUUCCGGCACGUAUUGACAUAGUUCCCAGUGAGGCCAUGCUGAUGCCGGGAGAGCAUGGCCAGGUGCGCGUCACUCUGUUGCGAAAAAUGGUCAUGACGCCGGGCCAAGCCUUCACGAUUCGCGAGAACGGAGCCACGGUGGCCACCGGAAUGGUCACCCAGCGCCUGCCCUCCCUCGACCUGCCGAAGAACAAGUUAUCAAAAGUGCUGGUGGAUUGUUAACGACUCGCAAUUAUAUUUGUAAAAAUUCAUAAUGCUGAUCAUUAGACGCGCGUACUUGAUUUGUUAAUAUAUAUUUAUGUGUUUAGGUAAA